AUGGGGUCUGCCAUUGUAAUCCAAAUUUUGCUGUUUUGGCUGUGCAUGGUCGAGUUUUUGAAAGGUUCGGUCUGUGUCAGGGAACAGAAGGGGGGUGAUUUGGCUGUGGGUUUAAAGCAUAUAGGCUUUAGGGGCAUCAAAAUAAAGAAGAAUUCCUUUGGAUUGCUAAAGAUUUCAAGCAACAGAAGCUCAAUUAGGCUUAAUGCUCUGAGGAGUAGAAGAUUGCAUCAUCAUCACCACGAUAAAAUGCAUCAUUCUUCAGACAUCUCUUUACCUCUCAGACCCUCAAGUGACUAUGUAAUGCCUCUGGUGUUGGGUAUGCCACCAAAGAGACUAGAAGUUGUCAUGGACACAGGAAGUGAUCUUGUUUGGGUACCAUGCUCAACCAAUUCUUCAAAAAGUUCUUUUGAUUGCAUAAUAUGUGAAGGCUCAGAUAUCCCCAUAUUCUCUGCAUUUGACUCCCAGUCAAGCAGAUAUGUAUCCUGUGGCACUGAGUCAUGCUCUGCCAUUCACAGUUCAGACAAUCUCAAUGAUCUCUGCAUAAUGGCUGGAUGCCCAUUUGAUACUCUAGACAUGGAGCCUUGCUACAAUCCCUGCCCACCAUUCUAUUAUGCAUAUGGAGAUGGCAGUUUAAUGGGUGAGCUGAUAAGAGACAGACUUACAGUUAACCUGGUGAAUGGUGAGUCUACAAAGUUCACAAAUUUCACAUUUGGGUGUGCAGGGAUUUCACUUGGGGAAGCAGUAGGAGUUGCAGGCUUUGGUAGAGGUGCCCUUUCCUUCCCUGCCCAAUUAGGUGAAGUGGGUAGCAGAGACUUUUCCUACUGCCUUGUCAGCCACAAAUUUGAUGACAAUCUCCAUGUCUCUAGCCCUCUUCUGUUUGGAGGUUCUGCCAUCCCCAAACAAGGUAAAGUUCACUACACACCCAUGAUCUAUAAUUCUAAGUAUCCUUCUUUCUACUACUUGGGUUUAGAAGGAAUCAGCAUUGGAGGCCACAGGCUGAAGCUCCCUUCAAGCCUAACUACAUUUGACAGUGAAGGAAAUGGAGGGUUGAUCAUUGACUCUGGCACCACUUUUACCAUGCUUCCAGAAUCGCUGCACAGAAAGGUCUUAAACAGGCUCAAAUCCUCAAUUCAGUACACCAGGUCUGUGGAGUAUGAGGAGGCUACAGGGCUUGACCUCUGCUAUAAGUUCCCCAUUGCAGAGGGGCCUCCUUUGUUGCCAAGCUUCAAACUCCACUUCAAAGGCAAUGCCACAAUAAGGCUUCCUACAGAUAAUUAUAUGUUUAUGAUAACUGAUUCAGAUAAUGUUGCUACUGCUACUGCUUCAGUGAGCUGUCUGAUCAUUUUAAGCAGUGGAGAUGAAGUAUAUGGACCAGCUGCUGUUCUUGGGAACUAUCAGCAACAGAAUUUACAUGUUGUUUUUGAUAUGGAGAAACAAAGAGUUGGGUUUAUGUCAAAAACAUGUUCUCCAAUCGCCCUCUGA